CGUUGACCUGUACAACUCCCCCGGGUGGAUAUCCAGCGCAUAUAUCGCCCAUCAUGUCGCUCGUGUCCGGCGAGAAGACGAACUUCCAGUUCAUCUUGCGUCUUCUGAACACCAAUGUCGACGGCAAGCAGAAGAUCAUGUACGCCUUGACCAAGAUCAAGGGUGUCGGUCGCCGAUACUCCAACUUGGUCUGCAAGAAGGCUGAUGUCGACUUGACCAAGCGUGCCGGAGAAAUCACCACCGAGGAGCUCGAACGUAUCGUCACCAUCAUCCAAAACCCAACCCAGUACAAGAUCCCCACCUGGUUCCUCAAUCGUCAGCGCGACAUCACCGACGGCAAGGACUCCCAGGUCCUCGCCAACAACAUGGACUCCAAGCUCCGUGAGGAUCUCGAGCGCUUGAAGAAGAUCCGUGCCCACAGAGGUCUCCGCCACUACUGGGGUCUCCGUGUCAGAGGUCAACACACCAAGACCACCGGCCGCAGAGGACGCACUGUCGGUGUCAGCAAGAAGAAGGGUUAAACGAAAUGCGCAUUGCGUCGUGUUUUCUUUUUUGCCCCUCGUUUUCCCCCAUCUCACGUUUCUCGCGUCUUCUUUGCUUCCGCUUUUUCUCUCAAAUUCCGGUGUACGUACUGGGUGCCUUGGUACGUGUGGGGAUGUGGAUAGGGCGAAUGGGAUGAUCUUUUGAUGUUCUGCUAUGACAGGGUCAACAAUGGGUAAUUUGAGAUGGACUGCUUUUUAAGAAAAGAAAUAAAAACUGGUGUGGACUUCUCUUCUCCGAGAGGAGAGAAAUAACAAAGAAAGAGUGGCGAGCCAGGCUUGUUCUCCCGACCCACCUUUUGUUUUUGAGAUUAUUCUAUACCAUGAUGAACCCUGCCUAGUAUGAAUGAAAAAGACUCGAAAUGAACAAAAUUCAAUGACUUUC